AUGAAGCUGACGCUGACCAUGCUUGCGCUCACGCUUGCAAGCCUAUGCUCGGCCGCAAGCAUCGACACCAGCUCGAUGCAGGCACGCGAUGCCAACACUGUCGAGCGUCGCCAUGUAGGCAGCUACACCUGGUGCGGAGUGCAGAUCAAGUACAAUGUAAAGAAAGCUCCUCUUCCGUUCGGGUUCGAUCUUGCUUGGGAUCCGGCAAGCCAGAACUACAAGCUCACUCCCACUGGCGAUCUUCACUAUGCCGAAUCCUUCACGCCCGUCUUGCUCAGCAGCGGGAUCAUGUCCGAGUACCAAUUCCAACGCAAGUGA